CUGCCCAGCGAACCAGAUCCCAAGAUGGCGGCGCCCAGCAGAAGAAGGAAUGGCGGCGGCGGCGCCAUGAGCUUGUGGGCCGCGCUGCUCCUGGUGGCUGUGGCGCUGAGGCCGGCACGUGCGGUGUCUGAGCCCACGACGGUGGCCUUUGACGUGCGGCCCGGCGGCGUGGUGCACUCCUUCUCCCAGAACGUGGGCCCUGGGGACAAAUAUACCUGUGUGUUCACCUACGCAUCUCAAGGAGGGACCAAUGAGAAGUGGCAGAUGAGUCUGGGGACCAGCGAAGACCAGCAGCACUUCACCUGCACCAUCUGGAGGCCCCAGGGCAAGUCCUACUUGUACUUUACGCAGUUCAAGGUGGAGGUGCGGGGUGCUGAGAUCGAGUACGGCAUGGCCUACUCGAAAGCUGCUUUUGAAAGAGAGAGCGAUGUGCCCCUGAAAAACGAGGAAUUUGAAGUGACCAAAACAGCAGUGUCCCACAGGCCCGGGGCCUUCAAGGCUGAGCUGUCCAAGCUGGUGAUCGUGGCCAAGGCGACACGCAGUGAGCUGUGACCAGGAGUCCCUUUGAGGGUGGCUUUUCCUCAUCUCCGCUGAAGGAGCUGGGCCCCAUGAGGGCCCAGUACUGGUUUUCUUGGGGGGUGGGGGCUGUUAAUUUUCUGCCCAGGCUGAUGUUGCCCCGUUGAGAGGGCUUUGCAGGGCAGCUGAGGCGCCAGGGCAGAGUCCGGAGGGCCAGGACUCUCCUGGCUCCCACCUUCCCCUCCCCACAAGGAGUGUGGCUCUGAGACCCACUGCUCUUCUUAUCAGAAGAGGCGUCAGGGCACAAGGUGGGGCUCACGGGGGUCACAGCUUUUCUGAAGCCAGCAACGUCUCCCCUGGAUCAGGCCAGGCUUCAGGAUGCUCCUGGGGGGAGCCGUCCUGCUGCUCUCUGACCCUAAGCCAGCUGUUUUCUUGUCAUCCCCCAGGGGACCAACUUUCAGACUAACUGGGCAGAAGUGAAAUGUUCUUUCAUAUUUAAAUAAAUAAGACAAUUAAAAAGUAACCACACAGUCUUGGCAUCUGGCACUGGUGCCCACCUGGCUGGGCACGUGGGGCUGGGGGCCCCUACUUCCCUUCGCUGCUGGAGACGGGUUAGCUGCAUCACCCUGGGCACAGGGACUUUUCUGCAGGCGCAGACGUGCGGGUCCCGAGGCAGCUGGACCUUGCCGAGCCCAUGGGGCCACGCCCAGCAGAGGGUGAGCGCUCCAGGGCAGACCUGCUCUUCUGCAUCCUGUGGUUGGCUCUGCUUACUUUUUUUUGAGGUCGGAUUGCAGCUCGGUGACUUUAAAAAAGAAACAAAAACCUGCAAGCAAACCAAAAUAAAUAAACGAUAUCCCCAAAGGCCUCAGCCACUCAGGGGAGCCUGGUCUCCCAACAGCAGGGCCUGGGAGUCUGACCCCCACUGGACUGUCACCCUGACCUCUGACUGUGAGGAAAGAAACCAUGUGGCCAUGAAGUGGGUCCUUGAUGAUCAGAAUCACCACGUUGGGGCGACUGAGGUCUCUCUGUUCCUGUCACUCACCUGGCCCUCCCUCAUGCCACCCAGGAGCCCGGUGCUGCUGUGACCCCACCUGCCCCGGGGCCUCAGCGGUGCUGAUGUAGGAAUGGCUCCAGAGAGAGGCGCAAGCAAGAUGAACAGCUGUUCCCAGAAUCACUGAGGGGGACCUUGGGCCCACGGUACUCGGGGCAGGGGCGGGGCACCAGCAGCCUCAGUGGUCAAGCACACAUGAUCUGCACCACACCUCGUGAGCAGCUCUGGAGGCACACACGUCCUCCGGGAGGCUCGCUCCACCGAGCACGACGACCUGCAGUUCUCAACAGGGCCCAGGAGAUGAUUGCCCAGGGCCUCCUGCAAAAACCAGGCAGCUGGACACAGGCAGAGACGAUGGUGCACCCUGGGCCCCGAGGUGUGUGAGGGCCAGACCCUGGCUGAGAGGGAUAUUGAUUCUUCUAUGGUCAGCCUGGAGUCACUUACCACUUCCAAGUACUGGGCGCCAGCAGGGAUGCAGAGCGGUAGGUGCAAUGUGCUGGGACACAGCAGGGCACCUCUGGACACAGAGAAGCUUCCCCUUUACUCCAUGUGAUGUGUGCGUGUGCCUUUAUGGAGCUUUCUGGUGAGCGAAGCCACCCGGCCCCAGGACCUUUGGUCAUUAUGAGGAGCUGGACUGAGCCCUGUCUGGGCUGCAGAAGCCAAGCUCUGCCACCUCUGCUAGUCUGCUAGUCUGUCAUCCAACGCAGCGGGAAUCAAGCCUGCCAACAGGCUGCGGGU